CAGGUGCGGCUCCCUAACUGCAACCUUGAAGAUGAGAAGAGCUUGAAGAAGAAGGGUAGAGGAAGCUUUGACCACAGAGAGAUUCAGCGCUGGGACAAAGCCACCAAAACCUACAUUGACGUUGAAAGACCUUACAUUGUGGCUACCUACAACAAAUACAUGGGAGGUGUGGAUUUGUUGGACUCAUUUAGAGCAAAAUACAAGUUCACCCUGAAAUCCCGCCGAUGGUACAUGUACAUCUUCUGGCACACCAUCACCCUCGCCGUGGUCAACGCCUGGCUCCUCUACAAACGGCACUGUCAGGCUCUCGCGAUGCCAAAGAAGGAGAUGCUAAACAUGAGAAAGUUCCAGGCACAGCUAGCAUCCUCUCUCAUCCUG